UUAUCGUAUGCGGCUGUGAGUUCCAAAUAUUGCUGAAAAGUACCGCAUUACGGUUCAAAUAGAAAUAAAGCUUUCACUAUGUUAGAAAUAAAGGAUUGUAUUCAUGGUCCGGAAAGAAUAAUUUUGAAUUAAAAAGAAACUUAAUAUCGAUUACUAAUAAAGUAAUUUCAGUAAUUUUUUUUUUAAAUUAAGAAAUAAAAUAUGGUUUUCGAAUCACUUGUAGCAAGUCUUUUAAACAAACUUCUUGGAGAUUAUGUUGAAAAUUUUGACAGUUCUCAGUUGAAAUUAGGCAUUUGGGGCGGAGAUGUUACUUUAAAGCAUCUUGAUGUAAAAGAAAGUGCAUUAGAUGAUUUAGAUCUUCCAAUUAAAGUUGUAUCAGGACAUUUAGGGAAAUUAAUUCUCAAGAUUCCUUAUAAAAACAUUUAUACAGCUCCAACAAUAGCUACUAUUGAAGGAUUGUUUGUUGUGGUUAUUCCAAAUACUGGUAUAAAAUAUGACGCUGAGAAAGAAGCUAAAGCUGCUGAAGCAGCCAAGAAAGCCGAGUUACAGAAGCUGGAAGAAGCAAAAUCUAAAUUAAGUGAAAAGGGGGAUGGAAAAGAUGACAAAAAAGAUACAUUUACUGAAAAGCUUAUCACUCAAAUCAUUAAGAAUCUACAAGUUAAAAUUAAAGACAUUCAUUUAAGGUAUGAAGACAGUUUUUCAGAUCCAAAAUAUCCAUUUAGUUUGGGUUUUACUCUUCACAAUUUAUCAUUUGAAACUACUGAUGAAAAAUGGAUUCCAGCUAUCAUUCAAGAAAAUGUCAGUAUCAUACAUAAGUUGGUUGUUUUGGAUAGUUUAUCCGUGUACUGGAAUAGUAGAUCUGAAUUAUUUCAUAAACUCAGUGCAGAUGAUCGAGAGGUAGCUAUGGAAAAGAUUAUAGCCACAUCUACUUUUAUCCCAGAUAAUGUUAACUACAUGUUGGGACCUAUUAAUUCUAAGGCACAAUUAAGAUUGAAUUCAAAACCUGAAGGAGAUGGUUCAGGAUUCAAAAUCCCUAAAGUCUGGUUGAAUGUUGUUAUGGAAGAAAUAGCUGUUGGUCUAUCAAGGUUGCAGUAUCAAGAUUUGAUUAAAUUACUGGAGUCUCUAGAUCGUAUGACUAUAGCCUCAUUGUACAGGAAAUACAGACCUGAUGUACCAAAAGCUGGUCAUGCUAAAGAAUGGUGGAAAUUUGCAUUGGAUGCUGUUCUGGAAGAAGACAUACGCCGAAAGAGAAGGAACUGGUCAUGGGAUCGUAUGAAGCAUCACUUAGAUUCUUGUAAAAAAUAUAAAGAAUUAUAUGUUUUAAAGCUUCAAGGGAAGAAAUUCACUGUUGAAAUGACAAAUCAAUUAAAUGGUUAUGAAAGAGAUCUGGAUUUAUUUAACAUCACAAUUAUGAGAAAGCAGGCAGAAUUGGAAGCACAAACAAAGCAUCACAAGAAAAAGAAAAGACUAAAGGUUUCGAGGUCUUCUAAAAAGGAAGUAAAACCGAGUUGGGGUGGUUGGUUUGGAAGCUUCUUUGCCAAAGAUAAUCUUCAAGAAAAUGCUGAGGAUGAAAGCACAGGAAAGAAAAUUGCAAAGCAAAUUGAAGAAGCCAUGACAUCUGAAGAGAAGCAGAAAUUAUAUGAAGCAAUAGGUUAUGAGGAGCAACCUGUUGUUACAGAGUAUCCAAAAGAGUUUGUUGAAAACAAAUUAUUAUUUCUUCUUCAUAAUUUAACUGUUACUCUUUCUGAUGAUACAAAAAGCGAACCUCAAGUAUUAAAGGUGAAUCUUAAAGAAGUUUCUGCAUCUGUGGAACAACGACCAGCUGCUCAAGCAAUGAGUUUUGAUGCCAAGAUUGAAAGUUUUAUCGUAAAAGGAGUACCAUUAGGCAAAACAGUACCCACAAUUGUUACAUCUCGGCAGUUUGCUGGAACAAAUCAACCUUUGCUCAACAUAUGGUUUGAAACUAAUCCCCUUGAUGAAUCUUGUGAUCAGCGACUUCAUCUUUAUGCUCAACCAUUGGAAAUUAUAUAUGAUGCAAUUACUGUUAAUAAUCUGGUAGAAGUUUUUAAGCCUCCUGAAAAAGCUGCUCUGCGACAACUUCAGGCCACUGCAAUGUUAAAGCUGGAGGAUCUGAAAGAGAUGUCAGCUUUUGGUUUACAAUAUGCUAUUGAACAGCAUAAAUAUCUUGAUCUGAAGGUGGAUACCCAGCCUCUCUUUAUUGUAGUUCCAGAGAAAGGUGUUUUAGAAGAGAAUUCAUCUUUAAUCAUUAUUAGCCUUGGUAAUUUCAAAAUAAACAGUCAUAAAAGGGAUCCCACAUCUCCGAGUGUCAGAAGUCUUGUUAAAGCUGGAAGCACCGAGGAGGAGGUGUUAUCUACCAUGAUAGACAAAGCUUAUGAUAAAUUUGAUAUAUCUAUUAGAAAUAUUGAAAUACUUCUGACAGAUUCAGGUGAUGACUGGAAAGAAUACAUUGGGAAAUUAGAUGAUCCUCAUCAUUUAUUGUAUCCCUUGACAAUUAGUGUAGACUUUCAUCAGUCAAUAGUCACAAUUGAUCCUAGAAUGCCCAAGAUGAAAGUUGUUGGAGUUCUUCCUUUAUUGGAAAUUUCAAUUUCUGACACUCAGAUGUUUAAGUUAGUGAAAAUUGGAACAAGCAUUCCAUUACCUGAAAGUGAACCAUCAACAGAAACAGUUUCUGACCCAACCGUGUCAUCUGCAGCAGCUGCUGCUGAUUUAGUAAAUGUGAAAGUGGUACGAGAUAUGAAAAAAGAAGCUGUGAAAACUAUAAAAACUGUUUCAUCAGAAUCUGAAGAUGAAGACAUUGUUGAUCAGACAAAAACAGUACCUGUUCAAAGUACAGACUUGGAUCUGAAGUUUGAAAUACAUGAAUUUUCAUUUGGCAUAUCUCGAUCAACAGAAGAACAAGAUAUUAAUCUUUUAAAAUUGGCUUUUCAUAACUUUGGAGCUGGUUUGAUAAUGAGAACUUUUGAUAUGACAGCAGAUAUUUAUUUGGGAGGAAUUGUUCUUCAUAACUCAGAAUUUUCUACUCCAAAAGGAGAACCUUUAAAGAUGAUUUCAUCAGUUGCAAACAAUUCUGAUGAACCUUUAUUUUCAUUGAGUUACUUAUCUAUAAAUAAAAAAGCUCCAGACUUUGAAACAUUGUAUGAAUCCACUUUACAAACCAUUUCUGCAAAGUUUAGAGCUAUAGAUUUUAUUCUUCACCAAGAAGCAAUUUUAAGCAUGAUGGAUUUUGCAAAUUCUAUUUUAUCUAAUGUACAACCAAUAUCUGAUAAGCCUGCUUCAAUAGAAGUUCCAAAUGAACAGAAUUUAGUAAAAAAGAGGACAUCUAGUGAAGAAAAAUCUUCACAAAAAUCAUCAGCCUCAAAGAAGAAAGUUAUUUCGCAAAUAAUUGAUUUGAAGUUGAAUGCUGCAUUAGAAUCGAUACGAGUUGUUGUUUGUAAUAAAAUGUAUGAUUUGACAGACAUAAGAAUAAAAGGAAUGAAUGCUUCUGUUACGAUGCAAAAAUCAAAAACUUGUGUUUCUGCUUCUCUUAAAGAUGUAAUUGUCUCAGAUCCCUCUGAAGGAGCUUUGUAUCCCCAGAUUAUAACAACUGUAGCUGGGGAAGUGCUGGAUGUAAAAUUUACUAUGUUUAACAAUGCUACUGAGGAUGAAAAUUAUUUUGAUAUGUCUGCAGUGGAUAUGAGUGUUUCUGUUAGUUUUGGCAGGAUGAAAAUAAUAUUUUUGAACAAGUUUGUUUCCUCCUUGUUGCUCUUCUUGGACCAUUUUCAAGCUGCAAAAGAUAAAGUUGCAGAAGCAAGUGCAGCUGCAGCUGAAAUUGCCAAGCAAAAUAUGGAAGAAGUCUAUGAAAAAUCAGUACGGAUAUUGCUGAAUAUUAUUAUUGAAGCUCCUGUGAUCAUUACUCCCCAAAACUCACUAUCAACUAAUGCUAUAGUUGCUGAUCUUGGAGUUUUAAAGAUACUGAAUAAAUUUACUCUUGGUGAAAAAAGGAAUGAAUUAGGCAUGCCAGCAAUAUUUGAGAAAAUGAAUCUGCAUUUGACAAAUCUUCAGCUUUUCAGAGCCAUUGUGAAACCAGAUACUGGAAAUAUUACUGCAGAAUGUUUAAUGUUAGAACCUGUGAGUUUCAUCCUGAACAUUAUUCGAAAUCAUUCAUUUGGUUGGCAUACUGAGCAGCCAGAAAUGCAUAUAUCUGGUGAACUUCUUGCUGUUAAAGUUACUUUGAGCCAAGAUGAUUAUAACACAGUUAUGAGUGUACUUAGUGAAAAUUUAGCAGAAACUGGAGUUGAGAAGCAGUCUACUACUGUAGCAGUACUGUCCGAACAUUCUGACAACAAACCACAUACAACAUCAGUUACACGUUCAAGUGAGAAGAGUGUUGCUACUUCUGAUAUUCUUGUUGCAAAAGUUCACCCUAGAUUUAAAUUCGAUUUUGUUCUGCAAAGUGUUUUAAUUACUCUCUGCUAUGGUGAAACACCUUUGACUGUUGGGAUCUGUGAAAGAAAAGAAUCUUGCUCCAUGGCAGAAGUCGAGGUAAAAAUUUUAGAAGCACAUGCUGAAAUGAUGACGGAUUCGUCUAUGUUAGCCCAAGUAUUUUUAAAUGAUGUUCGACUAGAUGAUACAAGGAAAACACGAAAGUCUGGUAUUACAAGAUUGAUGCAGCGAUCAACUUUAGACGAAUCGGGUAAUAUGAUUCACAUAGAAUUUAAUCAAAAUUCUUUAGGAGAUAAAAGAAUUCAAGCAACUGUAUCAAGUUUUUCAUUAGUGUUUUGUUUAGACUACAUCAUGAUGCUUCAAGAAUUUUUUGCUGGCUCUUCAUCAAAACCUUCAGAUACAGCAGAAAAUUCCAAACAGGCAGUCCCCACAACAUCACACUCAGUAUCUGAUGAUAGCCUUAGUCAAACAAGUGGUGCUACUGUGAUAUUUUUAAAAGUACAAAAGCCUGAUAUUGUGCUUGUUGAAAAUAUAGAAGAUGGGGAUUCAAAUGCUAUCUUCCUCAAUAAUGAAGUUGAUUUAAGAGUGACUAUGUCUGGCUCUUCCCAAGCAAUAACAGGUUCAAUAAAAAAUUUGACAUUUUAUACUGCAUGCUUCAAUUGUGAUAAAAGGCAUGAAACUUCUGCUAAGAUCUUGAGUCCUUGUGAUAUAGACAUCCAGUGUAAUUUUAGAGAACAUUCUCAGCAUAUGGAUAUUAUGUUUAGAGAUCUUAUUUUACAUAUUUCUCCUGGCACUGUUCAUCUUCUGACAAACAUUUUGUCAUCUAUAGUAUCUGAACCAGUAGUGGAAGAAAGUGAAGUAAAGAAAGAAAAAGAAGACUAUAGUGAUUUAUGGAAUGAAAAGUCUCUAACUGACAGCAAAUAUUGGUUUUUAGAAACAGUUACUGGCGAAGAUGCACUUGUUGAAGAGAAAGAAGAAUCUCUUGGUACACCUGCCCCUAUCAUCCAUCAACAGAUGCUCUUUACUAUGAGAAAAGUUGUCAUAACAAUAGAAGCUGGUGUGGGUACACGCACUGUUCCUAUGCUGCUCAUGGAAUCAUCUUUUCAAGCUGAUAUUCGUGAUUGGGCAAGCAAUAUAUAUAUUGGAAGUUCAUUCAGCCUUGAAAUGUCAUAUUACAAUGAGAAAAUUGCUGUUUGGGAACCCUUAAUUGAACCAAUUGAAACAUCCAAAGGCCAUCGCUCAUGGGAAUUAAUGAUGGAGAUAUCAAAAGGACAUGAUGCAUUAGAAUUAAGUACUGAAGAGGAGGAAUCUGAAGAAGUAGUUUUUGAACCUCCUCAAAUGUCAAUUCAGAUUGUUGCCCAAGAUGUUCUUGAAAUGACUGUUAGUAAAGCUUGCUUGGAUGUUCUGACAAAUCUAGGACAGGCAUUUCAAGAAGCAGUUAAUAAAGCUGUGGGAAAGAAACCACCUGAACCAUAUUCCCCUUUUCAUGUUAAUAACUAUCUAGGUAUCCCUAUCAACAUUAUCCUGAGUAAUGGAAUUUUUCAGAUUCUUGAUGAAAGCAAAGAUUACAGCUGUGUGAAACUGGAGUCAGGAUGCCCGCCUUUACAUUUAACAUAUACUUCUAGUAGUACUACUGCUUAUAACCGUUUAUCAGUUUUAAAGAAACAAGAUGCUAAAGAUGAAACCUUCUUUAAUAUAAUGAUAAAUGAAGAAGAUAUGACUGUUGAAAGAAGAAUAUCUGUUGCUUGCACGGAUAAACGUUUCUUUCAACUGCCUCGAAUUACUUAUCCUGGAAAUAGAUGGGGAUUUGUUAUUUCUAUACUAUCACUUUAUGGGUCCAAAUUUAUAACAUUUCAUUCAAUUCUACAAGUUCAUAAUCAUUUUUCUGUACCUAUUGAUAUUUACUUCAUGAAGCCAUCUCUGAAUGAACUAGAAUGGUGCUGCUGUGCUGAUCCAAAUAAAACAGAAUAUAUUCCUUUACAUGCAGUUUAUACAUCUACUAGUGAACUAUUUUUUAAGCCAAAACACCUUGAUUCUUCAUACACUCUCUCUUUGCCACCUUUUGUGUGGAGAGAUUUAACAGAUGAUCCAUCCACACAAAAAAUUGUUCAUUGUAAGGAUAAGAAAGGUCCUGGAAAGCCCUUUUAUAUGAGUGUUGCAGGAGAGGCUGAACGUAUCUAUUAUGAAGAAACAAAUCGUAAAACAAUGGCUAGCUCACUUUACAAGUUAAAUAUAACUCCUACUGUUGUAUUAAGAAAUCUUCUUCUCUAUCCAAUUAAUUAUUCCAUGCAGGGGGUUAAUGAAGAUUAUAAGCUGGCUGAGGGAGAAAGUAGUGAUUUAUGGGCUGUGGAUUUAGAUAAAAUUGGACUAGAAAUCAGACUGAACAAUUAUUUGGAUAGGAAUUGGUCUUGUUUUAAAGUAUUAAAGAAAGAAAUGGAUGAAUUAAGCAUUUGGCCAUUUGAAUCUCCAUCUAGUGAUAAAACACUGUAUUUGGAGUUAGGAAUGCAUGUGCAAAAAAUUAAAGGCUCAUGUGUUAUGCAGUUGUAUGCUCCAUUUUGUAUGAUUAAUAAAACUGGUAUGCUGUUGACAUACAGGCGCUCAAAGAAGGGGUUCGAGAAAUUUGAGGGAAAGAAUCGCAAGCUGUCCAAUUGGUCAGAUACUGAAGAUUCUGGAUCUUCUACUCAAUCCUUGGCUUCUGGUGAAGAUGAUAACAUCAUAUACCAUCCACCUGAAAUUAAUCCAGUUUUAUUUUCGUUUAAAGCUAAAGCUUUUUUUGCUAAGAAAAAGGCUUCCUUAAAGAUUGGAGAUUCUGAAUGGUCAGAUAAAUUUUCAUUAGAUGCUGUGGGUAGUUCUGGAACAGUGGUGGCUAAGACUAAAGACGGUCGUACAUAUGGAAUAGGAGUGCAAAUAAAACUUAGUCAAGCUGGAUUGACAAAGAUGAUUAUUUUUACACCUUAUUAUCUUCUUGUGAAUAAUUGUGAUAAAGAAAUAGAAGUUAUGGAAAUAAAUUCUUCAGAGGAAUGGAUAAAAAUACCUAGUAAUGAGGGGUUAUCAGCAGACUCUUCAACUGAAACAGCAGAGAAUUGCAGUCGAUUUUGGCCAAAAGAUACAAAUAAAGCUCAGAUGGUUGCCCGAUAUGUUGGUGAAUCUCAGCAAACUUUGCCUUUCUCAUUUAAAGAAGUGCAUCGUACUCUCAUGAGUCUCAAGACCAAAGAUGGUGGAAUAAUGGUAGAUUGCCAGAUUGCUCAGUCGUCUGUCAUAAUUACAUUUGAAGAUUAUGUUACUGGACAUUCUGCUGCCCUCUUAGUUAACAACUUGGAAAACACCCCUUUAAGUUUUCAUCAAAGUAAUGUAUGUGAUGAAAUUAAACUUGCUCCUGGAUCAUGUAUUUUGUAUGCUUGGCAAAGUCCUCUUGAAAAGCGAUUGCUAUGUUGGCAGUGUGAAGAGACCUCUGGUGAACAUGAUUUAGUGAAGGAUGGAAUUGGAGAAGCUACUCUCAAAGAGAAUUUAAAAGUCUAUUGGGUGUCAUUUUUAGAUGGUAUGCAGAGAGUUUUAAUGUUCACUGAUGACCUUGCUCUUGCUACUGCUGCUCUAGAAGCUGGAGAGUUGGAAUGCAUAGAACAAGAAAUUACUGUUUCACUUCAAGGGGUUGGAAUAUCUUUGGUAAACAAUGAUACAAAGGCUGAAAUAAUGUACAUGGGUAUGACAAGUACUGGUGUAAUAUGGGAAGGUAGAAAAAAGAAAAGCAAGCGUUACAAACCUUUAAGUGUAAAAGAAGUAGAAAUUAUUGAAAUUGCCUAUCAAAGAUAUCACAAUGAAGUAAAAGUUGGCAAGAGAACAAAGCCAAUUGUUCAACUUGAAGGUAGAUUGGAGAUUGAUUUUGAGAAUAUGAUUAUGCUGAAGCCUCUAGUUAGAUGUCUUCGAAGAACAUAUGUUUAUGGUCUUUGGCUGCAGUACAAAACAUCUCCCCAUCAACUUCAAAUCCAUGCACGUAUAAAUAGGCUUCAGAUUGAUAAUCAGUUGAUGGACUGUGUUUUCCCAGUAGUUUUCGCUCCAGUAGCUCCUCCUAAGUCGGUUGCGGCAGAAACAGAGCCCAAGCCUUUUACUGAAUUGAGUGUAAUGCUUCGUAAAGCAGAACACAGUGCUGUUCCUCAAUUUAAGUAUUGCAAGAUAUUGAUACAAGAGUUUCAUAUUAAAUUAGAUCAAGGUUUCAUAAAUUCUAUUCUUCUGUUUUUUACUGCUGAUGAAGCCUCAGAAAUUGAUCAUGUCAAAAUAUUAGCUAUUGAUAAAGCAUCAGCUUUGUCUUCUUUAAAAGACGUUGCUGCUGUGUAUUCAUCUCAGGAGAAACAACUCUACUUUGAUAAUCUGCAUUUUUCACCUUUAAAGGUACAUAUAAGUUUCUCUAUGACUGGUGGCAGUUCUGAAUCCAACAAGCCCACUUCUAUUCAUUCUGACUUUUUGAAUUUGCUUUUACAAAGUGUUGGUGUUACUCUUACAGAAAUUCAAGAUGUUAUUUUUAAAUUAGAUUAUUUUGAAAGAAGAUAUGUUUUCAUGUCACAAAACCAAUUGGUAUCUGAAGCUACUUCACAUUAUGUUAGCCAGGCUGUUAAGCAACUUUACAUGUUGGUGCUUGGUUUAGAUGUCAUUGGUAAUCCAGUAGGUCUUCUUCUUGGAUUAGGAGAAGGUGUCACUGAUUUAUUUUAUGAACCAUUUCAAGGUGCCAUUCAAGGGCCUGAAGAAUUUGCUGAAGGACUUGCUUUGGGGGUGAAAUCAUUGUUUGGCCAUGCGAUUGGUGGAGCAGCAGGGGCAGCAUCUCGAAUUACAGGCACAUUGGGUAAAGGUAUUGCUGCUUUAACAAUGGAUAAAGAUUAUCAGAAGAAGCGACGACAAAACAUCAGUCGAAGGCCACAAGAUUUUGCUCACGGUAUUGCUGAAAGUGGAAAAGGUUUAUUUAUGGGUGUGUUUGAUGGUGUUACUGGAAUUGUUACCAAACCUAUUGAAGGAGCUCGAGAGGGUGGAGUUGGUGGUUUCUUUAAAGGUGUUGGCAAAGGUUUGAUUGGAUUUGUAGUACGGCCUACUGCAGGUGUUGUGGAUUUUGCCAGUGGUUCAUUAGAUGCUGUUAAAAGGGCUACUCAAGUUUCAGAUGAAGUUAAACGUCUUCGUGUACCUCGUUUCAUAAAACCUGAUGGCAUUAUUCGCGCAUAUGUAAGAAGGGAAGCUGAAGGAAAUAAGCUUUUGCAGGAAGUAGAAAAAGGAAAAUAUUCAAACACAGAUGUAUACCUCGCACAUGUGGCAGUUGGAGAUGAAAAAUUGUUUCUUUUGGUGACAAAUAACCGAGUUAUGUAUAUUGAGAAGGGUGAAAUAUUUGGUCAGUGGAAUACAGUAUGGGAAUAUCGCUUUGAAGAGUUGAAAGAACCUCCUACAGCUACAGAAAAAGGAUUAAGAAUUAUGCUGCAGACUCCCCACCGCAAAGGUAUGUUUAGUAAAUCUGUAGCAGGGAAACUUGUCCAUAUAACAGAUAUAGAGGUUUGCAAGUGGGUUGCUGAUAAAAUAACGGAUGCUAUGAAGAAAUAGAAGUAUCAAAAGCACCAACCAUAUAAAGUUUUGCUUGAUAACAGAAAAUUAAAGAAUGGAGGAGCUGUUUAUGAAGUGGAGAAAGGGUUUGUGUGUUAUCUCCAAGGAAAUGAGUUACUUUUGAUGAAGUUCCUGCCAUCUUGUUCAUAAUUGCUUACAACUUCAAAUUUGAGCUUCUGUUAGGACAAGCUAAUAAUGAAUCAUUUUAUAUUCUUUAAAAUUUAAACCAGUGUUUGCUCUGAUCAACAUGUUUCUUUCAAACAUACUUUUACUUUUGCAGUUUGACUUCAUGGACAAAUUACUGUUUUCAUUUAUAUCUAGUAAAACAUUUUAAAAAUGUUUUAUUUCAUUUUCAUUUAUUAAAUAAUUUUCUUUACUAAUUUAAGAUUUUGUUUAUAUGUAUCUGUCAAUUUAAUAUGGCAUUUUUGGUGCAUUCAUUUAAAGUUGCUCUAAAUCUAGUCCUUUUUAAAUCAGUAUUUCAAUAUUCUUGUGUUUUAUUUUUUAAAAAGUGUGAUAUAUUGAGUACUUAAAGUAUUUGUUUCAAUUGAUGUUAAUUUUGUGUAUUUCAGUCGAGUGAUAUAACUAUGUUAAAUGUAAAUAUAAAAUGUUCUUCUCUUAUCUGUGUAUUUGCGAGAAAAAAAAUAUAAUAUUGGAUUGAAUGUGCCAUAAUGUCAUUUAUUUCCAUGUUGGUGUGUUUUCAUGUUCUUUCAAUUUGUCUCAUUUUUUUUCCCCUGUUUGUUUUAUAAUGGUGUUGUGGUGAUUUUACUGUUUUAUGGCUUGCAUAUGUCUGCACAAAUAUUUUAGCUGGAUGUUUGUAUGGACUCGGGGUGUGCUACUAUAUUUUAUAAUCGUGCAUAGGAAUUUUUGGAAACUGCCUUUGAUGCUGUAGUAAUGCAGAGAUUAUAAUCAUCUUGUUUUUUACAAAAGACUUUUUAAAUAUUGCCAUUCCUUGUUUCUGCUUAAAUAAAAAAGUUUCUGAUUUGUUAAUUAUUAUAUAAAUGCAUUUUGAUAUACUUAAUUUGAAGAAAUGGUAUAUCUUCAGUGCAACUGUUUAUACUAAUACUUAAAAGCCUCAGAAAUAGAUUUUUGUUCAUUUGUUAUUCUGUGAUAAAAUUUUUCAUAUGUUAUCAGUUGCUUUAUAUACUGAUUUUUUUAUGACUUUGUAUCAUAUUUAAUCUGUUAUAAUUCAAUUGUAUAUAUUAUGUUUUUGUUACACAUGAUUGCAUGUUAUACGUAUAAAUUUUUAUUUAUGAAAGUUAACUUUUUAUCUAAGGAUCCUUCUAAUCUAUUUCCAGAUAUUAAUUUCCAAAAAGUGAAAUUUAAGGAAUAUAGGGAAUGUAAAAAUGGGUUAUAUUUUAAUCCAGUACUGCUUCCUUUCUCCUUAAAUUAUUUAUUUACAAAUUUAUACACCUUUCUCACAUGAAAAUAAAAAAGAAUGAACCAUAAAUUGAUUCAUCACAUGUUGAACUAUAGUAGAUAUUUAUAAUUGUAUUGUUAAAAUUGUAUUAUUUUGGUAUAAAGGGUCCAAUUUUAUAUUUUUGCUAUAGUCUACUAGAUAACAUGCAGUUGCUCAGAAAUAUGAAAAUUGUAUCUUUUUGUGUAAAACUCAUUCAUGUUAUCCAUCAUGGAUAAAUGAACUGCACUUGAUAAUUCAUAGUAUUUUUAUACUCUGCCUCAGCGGUAAAAUUCUUUCCUCAAAUUAGAUGAUUUUAGAAUGUCGCAAAGAUCUUAUUCAUUUAAUAAAAUAAUUAUGGUACAAAGGUGUCAUUAAAAUAAGUGUUCAAAUACUGUGUGAUAGAUGUUUGUUUCAUCCUAAUGAAGCAAUAUGGUUGAAAAAACUAUUGUAGAUGCUUUUGUCUUUGUUUGUAACAGUGGAUUGUAAUAUUUUCUUGCAAGAGAUUUAUUUUUUGCUUUCAGUAGUUGAAGAUGUGAUGAGCUUUUGAAAUAAAAUAAAUUAAGUUUU